CUUAAAUUGUGUGUGAGAGCUUUACUCUUCACCAUAUUUUUCUUCUGUUUUGAAGGAAUCUUUUACUGGAGUUAUGCACUGGAGGCCUUUGUAUAUCAAGGAGUUUUCUUUUAAAGUUAUGGAGGAAAGGAGGCUUUUUAAGAAAUGUAACACCAAGAGAGACAAGACUGAGGUGAAGUGAAACUGAGUUGAACGUUUGCUGUGUAGUUUUAUUUUACAGUGAACCUCACUGCCUGAAGUGUUAACACAGCUGUAUAAUCCCUCAUGGGUUUAUAAUGAGUAUUUUGGGGAAAUCACUAAAACUGCUUUUUUAUUUGGUUAUUUUAUUUAUUUACAAAUAUUCACAAGAUUCAGGUUUUGAUUUUCAAUACCCAGAGAACUGGGAGUGCAGGGGUCUGAGACCCCACAUGAGAUUAUAUUUUUGCUCUCUUCUAAUUCUGCAUUGGGUGAGUGGUUAAGAGAAAAUGAAAGUUUCCUUUAGAGUGUCAUUAUCUCUAUUUUGUUCAGCCGUCUGACAGCCUAGCAAUCUACUGAACUUUACUUUACUUUAUCUACUGACACAAACGAACAAUAAAUGAGAAACAACCUGUUUUCACUGGUAUUUUGGGCACACCCAGUUACCUAGCCCUAGACUUAAAAUGUUUAGGAAACAGCAUCUGACUGUAAUGUAGUCUCUGCAUUGGUUGUCUAAAAGCGGCUGCAGAAUCCAGAAUUUUAAUUUAACUCACUUAAUUUUGUUUCAAUGUAGUUUCUGGCAGAAUUACACACAAUUACCAGGAAAUUAUCUACUAGCAUAAUUCCCUGAACAGUGGUUCCCCAGCUAUUACUCAUUAAGACUGUCGAAUGUCUUUCUAUUCAUGCAGUAGCCUGGAUAGAAUUGCUUCAUUUCACCUACGUCAUUCAGAUGUCUGUCUGUAACACAGAGCUUUCAAUCAUGAAAAGAAAUGCUAUUAUUUUAGCGGAUGAUGGAGUGUAUGCUGCUAACUACCCAUACUAAUUUCACAUUGUUCCUGGAAUGUUUGUGUGAACUGGGAUCUGUUCCAAACCAUUGGGUGUACAUUCUGUGCUUUGAAUCACAUUGAAAAACAUAGAGAACACUUGGCAAAUGCAAGUCAUUUUAGACAUUUUUACAUCUGAGCUUGGUAGCAAGAUAACUGAGGAUUCCUGACCAAGUCCAUGCUAGGAAAAUUUUAGGAUCUCUGCAAUGGGUGACAAAUGAAAAAUGAACUGAAUGCCUUUUUUAAAGGAAAGUACCAGGUAAUUUAUAGUUAAUGAAUAUUAUUCCUAUUUCUGUUGUCUGUUAUGGUGUCUAACAGAGGACAAUGGCAAAUAUUGAUAAGACGUCAAUCUGCAGCUUGUGUGCUAUUACUGACAAUGGGAGCACUUUCUUCUUGUUGAGCUCUGUGACAGAAGAACCGUUGAAAUUUAAUCUCUAUUGCUAAAUCCAUGUGAAAGGGAUGAAAUGCAAUGCACAAGUUCAGCUUAUUCCAGCAAAACUGGAUAUGUCAAUAAAUGAGAGUGAAGUGUUCAGCACAGAAAAUUCUGUUGGUACUUCCCCAAUACUUUCCCCAAUGCUGUUCAGUUUAUUGGCUUGUAUGAGUCAGUAUGAGUCAUUGUGCCUGUUGUUUAACAUACUGUACCAUAGGUAUGGCAACCAUUGUAAACAGCCUCAGUUUUUGUGUCCUCCAAUUAAAAUGUGCCUGGGUGUUGUUUCAAAGUAUCAUUUGGGAACUGAAUCAGCAAAACUUAAAAACAUGUGAGAAGCAUGGGGUUUUGAAGCAUUUCUAUAUCAUUAUGUGGGCAGUGGGACAUAGACAUACAGAAAGGUCAGACAGCAGGUUGCUCAUUGUGAUUUGUACUCUUAACUGUUUGCUGCUGGUUUGGUCCUAAUGCAAUGUCCCAUGGCAUAUCUACAAUAUUCUCCAAGGUAUUUAUGUUUGCAUUGCUGUUUUGUUCUGUGUUAAGUGGUUUGCAUUGCAGAAGAAUGUCUUCACACAGAGCAGAAUCACGGAUGCCAAUGGUAUUACAAUUUUAAAGUCCUGUUUUUGUGCUGUGUUCGACCUCUUUUCUGGAAUGAGAGAUUGCAUCUGCAACACACCCUUUAUUCACAAAAAGAAACCUAUCUAAGGCCACCGAAUUAAACAGAUCCAACCUGUAUCCAAACAGCUGAAUUGACUUUCUUCAGCUACCUUGAUGAAGCAAGUGGAACUGAAGAUCAUCAUCCUAGGAGCUCUUGGUGUGGGAAAGACAUCAUUGCUACACCAGUAUAUCCAUCAACAAUUUCAUGAGGAUUACCGCAGCACACUGGGAGCCAGCGUACUAUCCAAGAACAUUACAGUGGACAGGAGUGCUGUCAAGUUGCAGGUGAGAUGGAUCUGGGACACUGGAGGGCAGGAGAGAUUCCGCGCAGUAGUGUCCUCUUUCUACAAGGGGGCGGAUGGCUGUGUUCUGGUCUUCGAUGUCACUGACAGGGAUUCUUUCCUGGAACUGGAGGGCUGGAGGCAAGACAUCCUGGAGAAGAGUCAUCCCCCUGACCCCAGCCUACCUUUUGUGGUGCUAGGAAACAAGAUUGACAUGGAAGAGAGACAGGUGACCAGAAGUGAGGCUUUGUCAUGGUGUGAGGACAGACACAUCCCAUGCCUGGAGGUCAGUGCCAAGAACAACAUCAAUGUGGAGCAGGCCUUCCAGACACUGGCAAAGCAUGCACUUAUCAAGUACAAAGAAGGGCUAAUGAGCUGCAUGACAGACUCCAUCAAACUGAAGCCAGACAAGGUAGUGAAGAAGAAUAAAAAAUGCUGCUCAUAGGACAGGCUGCACUGCAACUGUAUUUAGACACCACUACUCAUGUUGGAGGUGCUAUCUAAGUGGACUACAUAAGUUUGACUUGGAGUCAGAAGAAGUGUUUUUGAUGUUGAGAGCAUUUUGCACAAAAAUGACUGAAUUUGGAUCAGACGGUAUGUUCUGUCACAAAACUCCAGCUCUCAAAACAGAACUAAGGAUUACAUAACUCAAUUCAAAUCUUGAAUAUUCACUGGCAUUGUAUUAAAGAUUGCAUGUAAGCACUACCCUCUAAAAUAUAUUUGAGGACCCACAAAUAUUAAAAACCACCUAAAAGAUAAUUCUGCUAUAACUUUGUCUAUACAUUUGAUAGUAUUUUGCUGUUUUUAUAUAUUGUUUUGCCUGGACUCUUUGGAAGUCAUAUCAAAAUGGACCAUGUGACCAUGAAAUUCCCAAGGCAAAGAUCCCGUGUUUUUAAUGUACAGUAAUAUGGCAACACGUAUAUAAAUAUGUAAGAUCACAUUUUUUUCUGAAGUAAACAGAAAAUUCCUUUGUUUUACAUUGCAACCUCAGGAUUCUUGUGGAGAAUGUUUACAUCAAUACACAGAUCACUGAUAUAAUGUAUCAGAUCUAUAAAACAUGCCUUACAUAAAAUAUGAUAAAACUUAAUUAAAAGCCCUCCCAAGAAACAUUAUUACUCAAAUGUAUUGAAGGUAUUCAAAGGUAUUUAUUCAAAACAUAAGGGUCAUCAGUUCCAGCUGAUGUGCCUGCAAUCAAACCACUAAAUGGGCCUUGAUCAGUGUGAGGUUGGCUGAUUAGAAUGGUGAAGGUAGUACCUGCUUCACCUUCUAGACAACUAAAUGGCAAUAGGUACCAGCCAGCAUGUACCACCCGGCCUAUUUGUUGUGAUUCCAUGUGUAGCAGGAACCACCCUACCGCAUUCUAUAGUCUGAUUCACUUAAAAGAAUUAUAGGAUCAGGAUCAGGCUUUAAAUAUAUGACAAUAAUCAUUGGUAUUAGAUUGUUGUCACAAAACAAAACAGGAAGGCCCAAGCAAUUUGCAGAUUGCUAGUUUUUCCACGACUUCCCCCCCAAGGGAUAGUAUAGCAAGAAGAAAAUGUGACUUUGAAAGAGCCACAUUUUCCCAACAGGAGGCAAUUAAAUCAGCUCCCUGUUUUGUCGAUGCUUCUGUACAGUAGGAUGUAGUACCAGAAAAGAUUUUCUGUACAUAUUGAACUGAUAAAAUUUUGAUAAACUGAA